AUGACUGGGCGCAGCUCGGCGAAGGUCCACCCGGCGCCGACGCCGGCUGAAGGGUCGCCGCCGGCCGCUCAGCCCGCCCAGCCGACGGCCAAGAACGACCCCGAAAUGGGAAACAUCGAGGACCAAGGAGAGGAGCAGGAGGAGCCCGAAUGGGCGCAAAAGUGGCUCUCCACCCACAACAAGAGGGAGAAGCUUCACGCCUUCGCGCAGUACAUCCAGCGCGUGCAGGACCUGGGCGAGGGCCCCGUCAAUGACCCGACGCCAGAGCAGCGGCACGCCACGUCCUACUGGCUGACGCGACGCUUCUUCCUGGACCGGUGCUCCGCGCACGGCGUGCCGCACAUUGUGCGCCACGACGGCCUCUGUCGCAAGCUGGGCUGGAUGCUGAUGGUGCUGCUCGCUCUUGGCGGGCUCGGCUACCAGGUGCACGGCACCCUCACCGAGUUCCUCGGCUACCCCAAGAAGGUCACCAUCGAGGUGCUAGAGGAAACCGAGCCCACGUUUCCAGCUAUCACAAUAUGCAACUUUAACAUACUCAGCGUAGACAAAAUGAAGACCUUGGAAAAAUACCGGGAAAUUGCGGACAUUGAGAGGGAGAUAACUUCGCAACGCCUUGAUUGUGCGGCAUAUCAAGACGAAUUCAACGGCUUUUACUCAACGGAAGAUGAUUACGACUUGGUGGGGGAAGACUACUGGGACUAUGCAGAAAACCAUGAGUACGAGUAUGAAUCGCCGGAUGGAGAGGAUUCAGAGGAAGGAGAACACACGAGUCAGGCUCCAGACGAAGCUGAUGGCGCCGCCGAAUCAGCAGAGCCCACCUUCUACGAGGUGUCCACACAGCCGGGAGUCGGCAAGAAGGAAGGUGCCGACUCGACGGAAUCGAUUGGCGCGACGGGCCAAACCGCUGAUGACGUCACCGAGGCCGUGACCGAAGCGGCUGGCGGGUCCGUCAGACGACGGCGCCAGGUGCGGACCACUGGUCCUCCACGGGGUGGCAGGAGUACCUCGCCCAGACCGUCCGGUGGGAGCGGCGGCGCCGCUCGGCCUCCGGGCUCCACCGGCCGGGCGCGGCUGACCGGCCGGCGGCUGCAGUCGGCGCCGCCGGAGCACCGUCCGAGGACCGCCGCCAGGCGGCGCAGGGAGGCUCCGGGCAGGGCUCAGAACUAUGGUGGGGAUAUGAUGCAGCCCUGGAUGUUCAAGAACGGCAUCGAAGGCGUUGACGACGGAAACGGAUCAAUGACGUUCUUCGAUCCCACAUGCAGGUGUGAAAUGACAUGCGACGCAUACGGCUGCUACCAGUCCGACUCCGUAUUCGAUGAUCUGGGGGACAACAAGAGCUUUAGGAAGCUGCUGGAAAAGCUCAAGACCAAUGACGGCGACCUGAAGAUGUUGCGGCGGGCGUUCACUCCCUCCGCGGACGAGAUGAAGCAGUACGGCAUAAAGAGCUCGCAGUUCAUCACCUCCUGCUCUCUGGACAACACCAAGUGUACCCACGAGGACUUCCAUCGAUGGCAGAGCGAUGGUUAUGGAAACUGCUUCACCUUUAACUCUGGCUUCCGCUACAAGAAAGUGGGGAGGAAGUGGAUGCAUCAAACGCCAAACAAGACCAGGUCCUAUGGAUCCCAGUCCGGUCUGCGCGUGACGCUGAAUGUCGACCCGAAACGGUACGCCUCGCUGCUGACGCCGGACGUGGGCGUGCGCGUGCUGAUCCACCCGCCCGACCAGCUGCCCUUCCCGGAGGAGAAGGGCUUCAGCGUGCUGCCCGGCCUGACCACCAUCGUCGGCAUGCGGCGGAAGCGGAUCGAUCGCGUGGGACCGCCGCACGGCACGUGCCGCUCCACUGCCGAGUGGGGUGACAAGACCAAAUACACGCCCACGGCGUGCCGCAAGCGCUGUCAGGAGGCGGACAUCCGAGAGACAUGCAACUGCGCCGAUUCGGUGAACAAGGCGCUGACGCUCGGCCUGCCGUCUGACCUGCCGCCCUGCAAUCCGCUGACCAGCCUGGAGGACGAUCGGUGUCGGCAGCGGGUCAAGUCGAAAUACGCCCACGGUGUCAGCACCUGUGACUGCCCCCCAGCCUGUGUGGAGGAUCGAUAUGAUCAGACCGUCUCCAUGAAUCUCCCCAAUAAGAUCUACUACAAGAUCAUCAGGAACAUCACGGACGGCUAUGCUGGCGGAGAUAUCUGUGAUACGUCCGAGAUUUCGAACAACACGAUCCGACUCCAGCUGUUCCUAGAGGAUCUCUCAUACGAAAGCAUCCACGAGUCGGCGGCCUACUCAUUGGAGGCGCUCAUCUCCAACAUCGGUGGCUUGAUGGGGCUGUUCGUGGGCAUCUCGGCACUGACGCUGGUCGAGUUCAUCGAGUACGCGAUGGAGCUAGUGACCAACGGCUGCCGUAACUGCUGCAGCAGCUCAGCCAGCAAACGCUCCGGCAUCCGGCGCGUCGAGGUGCUGCCCCCAGACCAGCAGACCGGCAUGCAAUACAUCCGCGUGGUCCACAAGUUUGAGGUACCUCAGGAGACAGAGGUGCGCGACUGGCCGCAGCCGACUCUGGUCGACCGCCAGAUGAGCACCAUGGUCACCGUGCCAGUCAACGGGCCCGACAACAAGGCCUGGAUGAAGGUCAAGUGAACGGGCCGGGCGGGCGCGCCGGGCGUCGGCGCUGACGUCGCCGGUG